AUGUGCCUCUGCGAGUUGAUAAAUCAAUUGAUAUUCUCGAAAUGUUGAAGUUAGCAGUUUGUACGUUUGAUCAAGCAACUAUUGCACUAGGAUCGAGUCAUGCCUAUAAAAGAUCAAACAAUUUGCGUGUAAAUUCUGAGCCAAAUGCGAAAGUUCCCAGGGAGAGUGUAUAUGAUUCCGAAAUGUACAGGGUUCUUCAAAAUUGGCUCAAAAUAAUUAAUAAUUUUAGAGUUACCGGACAAUGGCAUCUUGAACAAGUUGGUGAGGAUGGUGAUUAUCACCAUCUCUAUUGUGAUUUGGCAAUUAGCAAAAAUGAUUUCUCCAAUCCUGUAGCUGUACUCGAAUUAUUAGCAACAGCAUCUCCACCAAAGCUCGACGAACAUUUCGAGCAAAUAUUUAAGUAUGCCCAACAAUUAAGCCCCUUAGAAGUUUGGGUCGUACAUUUUUCUUGUGAAGAUGGUAUCGUCGAAAAUCCUUAUUGGCCCC